AUGGUUGGGCCUCCAGUGGCACAACACCUACCGGUUUUGCCCUCUGGCUCUUCUCCAGCUGGGCAGCCAGGCAGCCACUUAGUUUCUCUUUCUUCUCCUGGUCAACACCAGCACCAACAACAAUUGGGUGGCUUAGUUGGACAAAGUACUCCUGUAGCUGGGUCUGCUGUCCUCUUAGGCUCCUCCGGGACCCCGGGUGCUCAAUCUAUGGUAGAUUCCACUUCGGGUGCACUCAUGGGAACCGGGGUUUCUCCGCCAGCUGCUGGAACGGCGCCAUCAACGAUAGCAGCCAGCACCGUCGGAGCCAGUAGUGCUGCUGCUCGUAUUUCUAUCGGACCAGGUGCCGCAAGUGAACCACUGGUGGAUAGGACUGUGUUAAACGCCCAUCUGCGUGAUAUGGCAGAGCGCUACCUUCCAGCUCUGAAUCAUGCUAUCCAAGUUACCGGUGAGUUGGCUAACCAACAAUCAACUCGCCGCAAAUAUGGUCGUUUGCGAGACAUCAUCGAGAGACCAGAGAAUAAUCCGAGCAUCACAAUGCGUCAGCUGCCAAAACUUGAGCAGGUUCGUCUUUUUUAG